UCCGCCUUUGUUUCAUAGUCGUCUUCUCCAUCUCCCCAAUGGCAGUCAUUGAAACUCUGCUCAGCCUCUCUCCAUUCACUUCAUCAACAACAGAGCAACUCAUUCCUCUAGGCUUCCUAAUACUCGCCGGCAGCGGCGGCGGUUUAACCGCCAGCCAUCGCGGUCCAAACCCGAUACUCCCGGGCCGGCCAAAGCCCGGAAUUCACAGGUGCAAGGUCUGCGGCAAGGUGUUCCCUUCCUACCAGGCGUUGGGCGGGCACAAGUCGAGCCACCGGAGGUACGCUGGGCCAGGAGACCUGGGGGUCGUCGCGCCGUCGCUGACAUGGCCGGGCGGGUUGGGCAGCGGGAAACAUCAGUGCUCUGUUUGCCUAAGGCGGUUCGCAUCGGGUCAGGCAUUGGGCGGGCACAAGCGGCUGCAUUACUGGGACUGCCCGUUUGUGGUGUCGAAGGAGUCGGAAUUUAACGUCGGUAACAGAGAUUUCGACCUAAACUUGCCGCCGCCGACGGUAGAGUCGGAGGAGCUUCAGAGUCAUUUGCCUGCGAAGAAGCUUCGACUCUCCGAGUAGAGGCUAUAUAAAUUAAUUAGAAGAUUCAUUCAUUUAUUGUACUGAUCGAUUAGAGUUGCGUGAUGAAUUUCUUUUUUUUUUUUCUUAUUAUUUGUAGUAAUUUAGCUCAUUUUUUAAAGAUUAAAUUUCAA